AUCCGCAGCUCCGCCCUCGCCCAGCCUUCACCCACGCCCCACCUCACUCCCACCCCGCUCGAGAGCCUCCCAACACCCCUCCAUGCAUGCUGGAAGAUUAGCUGCAUCGGUAUCGCCCACAAUCCGGCUCUGCGCACGACGCAUGCCAUAAUACGAGAGGUGAUGUUGGUUGCGCCUCUCAUCGCAUCUUGAUCACUUCAACUCACCUCCACUCCGGUGUCAUGGAUGAGACGGGAACCAUCAAUCCAGCAGCAUUAAAGGCAUCCAACUCAUUCAGCCCCCGAGGCAUCAAGCGCAGUCGGUCGCCCGACUCGAACACAUUGUUAGGGCAAGAGGGGGACAGUGGUGACUACCACAGCAAUCGCCGCAGUAAAGCGGCCAAGCAGAUCGACAGCCCCAAUCCCCCAAUGUCUUAUACCUCCGUCCAGGCGCCGGUUCAGACUCCGCACGUUCGGACAUCCUCGUUACCACAUGUCUCUCCAGGCCAAGCUUCACCCUCGCGAUCGACCCCGGGAUCCGGCACGAAAGCGGCGACGGUAAAAGCAUUGCCCACGGUUCGAGAUCACACCACCGAUCAGCUCGGACCGGAGGGCGACGAAUACCUUGCGCGUGAGAUCGACCCGGAUGGAGAGACCAAAGUGACGCCGGACGGCUACCUUCUCGACGGCCGCGAGUACCGAUGUCGCACUUUUCAGGUCCCCAACCGUGGCAAGAAGCUCUUCAUGCUCGCGACCGAAUGCGCUCGCGUGCUGAACUAUCGCGAUUCUUACUUGCUCUUCAACAAGAACAGGUCUUUGUACAAGAUCAUCGCAAAUCAAACCGAGAAGGAGGCUCUGAUCAAUGUCGAAGUUCUGCCGUACUCUUAUCGGUCCCGACAAAUCGCAAUCGUCACGGCUCGUAGCAUGUUCCGGCAAUUUGGCAGUCGUUUAAUCGAUCACGGCAGACGCGUUCGCGAUGAUUACUGGGAAGCCAAGGCUAGAAAACAAGGCUUCACCGAAGAAGAUGCAGCGGGAGAGAAGCGACCUGGAGCGGCGAAAGCACGAGAAGCCGCGGCGGCUGAAGCGAGUCAGGCCGCUCUGACCACUCUCCCACAGGGAGAGAUCAUCUACAGCAAUAGCCCUGGCAUGGAUGGCCAACCGCCUGGCCUUGCUCAAGUCUCACUGGCUCCCUUGGCGAUGUUGCAGCUCCCUGGUGAAGACUUGAGACCGAGUGCGUACGGCAACUUGAUUCGGCCCCGGCAGGAGAUGAGCGGCCCUCCGUACCAAGACCGUAUCCAAUCCGGCAACACCACGGAACUUCUCACGCAGGCUGCACAAGCGGCAGAGUACAACAAGCAACUCAGUCAGACGCGCACGCAUCGUGCGAGAUAUCUCGAUGACUACUGGGCACGACCGCACGAACAACCGGAAGUAUCACAGGCCGAGGCCGAUGCUGGCGCGGUGGCACCUCAGCAUCUGCAAACCCCGCACGCCAUCCCGGGCAUGAAUCAGGGCCGGCUACCACACGAUCAGAUGGCGCAUGCCGGCGCGCAGAUGAUUCCACAGGGCUAUCCGGGCUACCCCAACCCUCACUUCCCUAUGGCAUCGCCCGUGCAAGCCAUGCAAAGACCGAUGCAGGCCAGUCAAAUGCACCCUAACACCCCCAUGGGCGUCCAACGACCCCCAUCGUAUGGCGGAUACGUUCACAACCCCAUGUGGCAAACCCCUCAACCGCAGCCGUCACCACUAUCUCAAUCCCACCACGCCCCCCAGUACGCGCAGCAGCAGCAGCAGCAGCAGCACCAUCAGUCUCCAAUGCACCCACCCCCGCCGCAGAUGUCGCAACAAGCGGGCAUGGCGUACGCGCAGAUGAACCCUGCGUUUGCGGGAAUGGGCCGCAACAUGUACCAGCCGAACCAUCAGCAGCAAUUCGGCAUGCAGGGCGGCGGUCAGCAGCAGCAGCAGCAGCAACAACAACAGCCCGGGAUGCAGAACUGGUCGUCGAAUCACAAUGCCGCGGGCGGUAUGCAAGACUGGCAGCGCUAUCAGUGAUGAGAUUGUCGGUUCCCCGGUGUUUCGGGUCUCCGGCACUUUCGGCAUGUUUUCAAUGCGCUCGUUGUGGUACAUUGCUAUCCUUUCCUUCGACAGUUCUUUUUGUUUUGUUAUGUCUCUGCUCUAUGCACAGUUGGAAUAGGAGUUCGUCCCGGCGGUACAUGCAAUCAGAAGUGGGGGCGGAGACGGCAGAAUCGUAAUGAUCUUGGAAAGCAUAGCGUCGCACAGGAGCGGUUGAUGAUCAUUACGAGGACUCAU